UAGCGAAAUGGCAGAGACAAGCAGUUUGUGUUUGGAAGGUAGUGCAAGUGAGUCGCGUUUUGUGGGAAGAAUUUUUUCUAUAAGCUCUUCGUCAUGUCUUUUAGUAUCAAACUAAAUAGAGAUCAAUAUGAUCCUGGUGAACUCGUUCAGGGAGAACUUGUGGUGUCUCUCGAUAAACCGCGACGGUUUAGAAUAAUCUACGUAGAGAUCAAUGGUUUCGCUGAAUCAAAUUGGAAGGAACGUGGUGUAACGCACAAUGAAUACUUUCGCGGUAGGCAGGAUUACUUCCAUCAAAUCAUCUGCAUGGCUGGAGAAUGGAAUACACGUACCCCCUUUGAGCUACCCUACACUGCAAAGCAUCGCUUUCAGUUUCAACUGCAACUACCGCCAACCCUUCCUCCGAGAAUCAGUACUGAGUACGGUAGGGUUCGCUUUAGGGUGCGUGCCUUCAUGCACGUAGAGCGUAGUGGGCAAUUUGUGGAAGAUGUUGAGAAGAAGAAUAUCCACGUUGCUUCACAUUGGCGAGCUAUUGAGCCGGGCUUUGUGCGGGAAGUCCCUGAUGCUAGUGAGUUCAAUCGUGGCCUAGGAGAGGAGGUCAAGGUGUACGCUGACAUGCCAAAGAGGGAGUAUGCAUUGGGUGAGGAAGCUGUAAUAAAUGUGAGGAUUGAGAAUAAGAGAUUGCUACCAAUUAAUAAGAUCAAGUUCCAGCUGAGACAGAUUGUUACCUUCUACAGUUCAACACCAAGACGUGCUGCCAAGACCGUGAUCAAUGAGGUGAAGGAGAAUUCCAGCAAAGCCAUUAAGUGGGAGCCAGGAUCAGCUAUUCUCACAGCAACAGGAACUCUAAAAAUUCCCGACUAUGUGAUUGCAACGUAUGAACGUUGCAACGAUGUUGUGGCCAUUUCGUAUGACAUUAAAAUUCGCCCCAAAGUUAAGGAUGACACUGAGAAAGUACCACCUAUUUACAUGCACGUCAUCCUGGGGCAUCCACCAAAAACUGAAAUGACAUUCACACCUGUUGUUGCGCAGGGCUAUCCUCAUCAGAGCCCAUCAACCUACCAACCAUCCUCAAGUCCCUAUCCCCAUCCACAGAUUUCACAGGCAAAUUUAGCUGCAAUGGAUCCUAAUUCCCUACCAUCCUAUGAAGAUCUUAUGAGGGGUCAGGGAAGCAUGACAGGAGCUACGAAGAUGUGACUAAAUACAUGUUGAAAUUAUAGUUUGAUUUUGUUUAAAAAAAAAUUAAAACUUUGUUCAGGUGUGUCCCUCCAAGGUGAAAUUAAUUAAAGAAUAAUUUCUUGUUUAAUCUCGAA